CCCAACGCAACCAUUCCACGUCCUUCAAUUCGAUCGAUGCUGACAAGCCCCUGUCUAUACUAAUCCCCUUAGCUCAAUAGACCAGCGAAUGACAUAUCAGACCACUCCCGUCUGCAGAUGGACUGGAAUCUCGUCAGCGAUGAAACCGCCGUCUGCUUGUAUGGUCGCUUGGCAGUCGCCCGUUCGUCUACUUAUCCUACUCGAUAACAAAAGCCACGCAGAUUGGCGGCAUUCCCGACCGCGCUGCUCUCGGACAUUUACCCGUUACCGUACACACCCCUUCAACCAACUCUUGGAAGGACUUUGAGCUCAGGUACGAAUUCCUGGUCACGAGGGAGAUUGCUCUAUAUUCCGGCUUAUUUUGCCGUCGUAUGGCAUUUGCACCAACGACGCGGCAGUAAGACAUUGGUCUUGUCUUUAUCCGGAUACUCUAACAUUGACCACCAACGAGGGACAGCGGAAGUCUUCGUUGCUCCGAGUGUGAGUCUUGGGCGGCCACUGGACAGCCCUUGAAUACGUCUGCUCUAAGCUUCAAUUGAAGCGCAGUCUACAUUCAGUAAUAGUUAUGCUGCCGUGCACCUCAUGAUUGCACACGGCGCACCUCUGCUAGGUCUAGUUCACAUAUAGCC